AUGACCUACUGGAAUGGCACCAUAAUAGGCCCUCCUCAUUCCAGCCACGAGAACAGAAUCUAUUCUUUGAACAUAAAGUGUGGAGACAAGUAUCCGGAUGAGCCUCCGGUGGUGACGUUUGUGUCCAAGAUCGCAUUGCCAUGCGUGGAUCUGCAGGGCCAUGUGUUGGCCAACGAGCUUGAUAUCUUGAAGAACUGGAAGAGAUCGUACACCAUGGAGAUUGUGCUUCUUGAGCUACGGAAACUGAUGGCUUCGGCAGCCAACAAGAAGUUGGUGCAGCCACCGGAGGGCAGCACUUACUAG